GUUGCGUAUUCGAACAAAGAAGAUGAAAAGAGGACACUAAAUUUUCUGUUUGCCAAUUUUAAGGAAUUCUAUUAAAGCUAAAUUAUUGAAAGAAAUGUAAAUGUAUUUGUACAGGUUUAAUUAUAAUAUCAGAUUAUUUACAGUUUCGUGAGCUGCAGUGAUGCCUGUACACAACUACGAACACUACAAAUGCUGUUACCACCCUGAUCUCUGCUAUUCUUCUUCUCGCAUCCUGAAAAUGAUCUACAUUCCUGCUGACACCGAGUUGUAGGAUUGUCGCGUACGUCAUCUUGCAGUUCUAAGUCGCCUUUACGUUUCCAAAUUUUACAAGUUAAGUUUCCGAGGCUUCUGCUGAAAUAUAGGAAGAAAAAUUGUCUAACUUUGAACAAUAGGUAACCUGUCAUAAGCUUUGACAAUGGAGGGUGAAGGUAUGGUUGCGGUCGUGCGUGGUCUCCGGGACGCCGGGCUUGCCGUGACGCUCAUGGAUGCGGGGAGACAAUAUACAUUGGUACCAGACAUGGGAUCUCAGCCGAGGGUGAACGCCUGUCAGACGACUGGCUCGCAGUGUUCAUGCGAUGCGCGCCGUGAAAACGGUGUUCAAGUUACUGAUGGACGAUAUGCAAGCAUGUAUAAAAUGGUGCACUGUCACAUUACCCCGACUUCUCCUCCAGACCUAGCCACGGAGUUUCCUCCCCAAAGAGCUGAAUUAUAUCCAGGUCAUGGUAAUUUUGAAGUUGGCGGUCUAGGCAGUGGGGAGAGUCAGUGUUUACCAAGCAAGUGUACGGGAUUUAGAGGAGGAAUGUGCUGGGCAGACCGAGGAGCUGUUUUCAGCCCCAGGCCGUCUGUUCGGGACGAUCUAUUUGCUAACUCGCUUCGAAAGUAUCCCAGUCUACUUCAAGAUCGAUCUUCGGAAAUGGUUGAGAGACUCAUUAAUUUCACUCAAACUAAAAACAGUUUAAAGAACAGAAACAUUACAAGUCCGCCAGUGGACAUGGAAUCGGACGCGUCCAGCCAAACGCUCGUCGGACGGAGCCAGCGAUAUGAAGGAGAAAGACACAUUAGAACCAGGAGGACUGAAGAAUCUCCGACCAAAGAAAGAUCAAGAAAAGUCGUGGUGCAACAAGAAAGACAAGAAAAUGUGGAACCCUGGAGGAGGUGCACAUUCAGUAAAACGAGUGACGUCAGAUACUUAAGAGACGUGUCAAAGAAAAUGCGAGAGGGCAUCAGAAAUUUAUCAAGUCAAUCGAACAACCAAGGAGAGCGAGUGACGAGAGGCAGACUCGUGUCUUCAUGUUCUGAACAAAGGAGUGUGGUCAAUCAAUGUAGUACCAAUACAGUGAAUAUGGAAAUACAAGCGGCCGUCCAGAUGGUGUCACGAGAAGUGGUGACGGUACCGGGCGACGUGCCGCCUCAGAGAACAGUAGCUGUACCACCAACUUCAACUUCAUCAUUAGCUGCGAGGCAAUCCGAGGACGCGGUGUCCUGCUCACAGAAUAUUCAUGAGUUGAAUAAAAUAAGACAUAUCACUGAAACCGCUCGGACGAAACUAAGCCCUGUGGACAUAAACGUACAAACUGUGUCGAGUGCCGUUGAAAUAAGUCUUCCCAAGUUUAGAAAUCGGAAAAGAAGCAAGUCUCAAGAAGAAAUAAGAUUGCAGGAAUUGAUGAAAGACGAGAUCCUAGACCUAAUGCUUCCUUUAUAUAGCUGCUGUGCUAAGACGAAGCCUUUUCGGAAGGUUCAGAGUAGACCGAAUAAAAACGUUUUCAGUUUUAAGAUAAACGACGAAAACUCAUCACACUUUAAUACACGUCAAAGAACACUCGAAUGUGGCUUCUCGAAAGCAGAUACUAAAAUUAUUAAAAGAUCUCUCGCUAAAAUCUUUCACGCUGAAGUAAAUCCAUAUAAAAAAAAGAAUGAAGACGCUUUGAUGAAACUGCUAGAGGAUUGGAUAAAUCUUAUUCCGCUUAAAAGUGCCAAUGCUAUCAGUAUGAAGUACAACAAGGAAUAUUUGUUUUAUAACCUCUUUGAAUAUUUAAAAUAUGCACUUUGUCAUUUGAGGGGUUCCGAAGAGAGAUUUAAAUUAAAAUCUGAAGUAAUGAAUACACUCGAAUCAAUUCCUCUUGAUGUAAAAGGAAAUAGACGAGUUUUUGAAAAUAGGUUGGCCGAGAUUUUAGUAAAUAAAAUGAGCAGAAUAAGAAAUAAACAAACUCAUAAAGUUUUAGUGGAUGUUAAUAGUGCUGAAGACAUAAAAAGUCUUAAGUCUGCUUUAAAAAGACUCGAUUCCCCAUCUAAGCGUGAACUCAAAAAUUUUGUUUUGAAUAAGCUGGCAACAUUUCUCAACAGAUGGGAAUUAAAAUUAAAUCAAACUGAAAUAAAAGGAAUAGAGGAUGAAUUGACGGAAUUAUUAUUAGUUUCUAAAGAUUUAAUAAAUUGCUGUAAAGAUAAACAUCUGAAAAUAAAUAUGACAGAAUUGCUAAUGGAUUAUGGAAUCGCGGAAGACCAAGCCAAUAUUUUUUCUAAUACUUUGUUGAGAAACUUUAAAAAUAUUUAUAUAGACAGAAUAGGACCGGAAAAAAUACGUUCUGAGACGUUUAUCGUACUUUCAAAUACUAAAAAUGUACCAGCGAAUGGCAACAACUUCAGUAUUCAGAGCAUCAAUGAGGAUGACAUUCGAGCUAAUAUAGAAAGUUACACCAACGAUCUCUGUCAUCAGAUCGACGAAUGGCUUACCCGGUUACCGAUAUCCCUUCCACAAGAUAAGGCGUUUCGCCAAGUUGUCAUAAACGAUUUAGCCGGUGAUAUAGUAGACAGGUUGAGAUACAUUGAUCUCAAUCCAGGUACCAGAAGUUCUGAUGAAGCUGAACUUGAGCAUUUGAAAUAUCAGAUAUUUAAAUGGAUAAAUAAACUUGUAGCAGAAGAUAAUUUGGAAAUUACAAAGCAUGCACCUGAUCUAAUGCGACGUAUCAGAGACAUCCCAGUUCCCAUGCUCUCAAAAUUGUGUGAUUUAAAUUCAACAAAAGUGAGCCGUAAACAAAAUGCAGAAAUAAAUAAUAACAGAGCAACAUCAUCAAAGCAAUUCUCCAGUGUGCCUCAAGAUCAAAUUCUGUUCAAUGUUACUCAAGAAAGAUGCAUGAAUCCAAGUUCGGCCAAUGACGAAAGUAGACAUUCAAAUCUAGAUACCACAAAUCCUUAUGAGAAAACAAUUAAAGAACUCGAAAAGGAGUAUGAACAAUAUGUAAAAGAUUGGGUAAAAUUAAUACCGAUAGAAACAAAAACACCUGAAGAAGAAGCAAUAGCCGAAAAAGCUAGACUUGGUAUCCAUAAUGGCUUGUGGAAAGUUGUUUCCAAAUUAAAUUGCGAUCCUGCAACGUAUUACAACCGUUUCUUUUACGAAGAUCUUUUGGAUGAAGGAAUAGAAGAUUUACUAGAUUGUUUACCUCAAAUUCCCGAACUUUUACAAAAAAAACAUCUUCUUAAAGUGAGAUUUAUAGAAAAAACUACACAAAUUAAUGAACAGAUAGGAGUAAACGAGAAGCUUCAUAUAAAUAUAACUUAAUGAAAAAUAUCUUUAAUAGCUUACGACAACAUGGUUUAACAAAUUUAAAUGGGGACGAUCCUUUAAAAAUUCAUCACGAUAUGCAAGUGAAAAAAAUUGUCGAAGAAUUUCUUUUAUGCACAAAUUAUGAAAACGACGAUAAA